AACCACAUGCGCCCGGAGAAUUGGAGAUGAACACUGUUUUGUUGACGCUCGACGUGGAUAUUGCCGAGCUGACGGCUGAAAUACUGCAGAAUUUCAAGGCAGUCGUUGCCAGGGAGAUGACGUCAUUUUGCCGGCGGUAUAUGCACGAGCUGGUCGACUGCAGAGUGUCCGGUCCCGCCAGAUCGUACAUCGCCGCCGUGUUCACCGCCGAGCUGGUGUUCAUCCCUCCUGGCUACCCGCAGCAGUCGGCUGUCCCCGGGCAAACUCUCCUGGCGUUCUUCGUGGCCCACCCGGACAGUCUGGGUGCAAACCUUCGUCCCAUCCCCAUCUCUAACGUCCGGAUGAUGAUGGACACCUCCGUGGAGGAAGUGGCGAUGUCUCUUGGUGAUACAGGACGUAUUACAGAUGUACAGCCGCUAUUGGACUACAUCUACGGCGAAGAUGCUACUACCAUGAUACCCACGGAGAGGAAAGAAGAGUCUGACCCAGAAGGACCGGACUUUCCUCUCCAGACGGUGAUCAUCGCGGUAUGCGGGGCCCUGGCUGUAACCAUUGUAGCAGUCAUUGGGACUACAUGGUACUGCAAAAGGGGCAAGACGCGUCACCACGCCCCCAUCACCGUGUUCAGUGCCCCGCAAGAAUGUCGUCUGGACCUACAUGCGUCUAACACAUCACUCAUGUCACUGAAAGGGACAGACUCACCCUUCCUGGAUGGGAACGUGUACAGUGGCCCGCUGCCUGAGCGCCGUCUGGACCCGGUACACGUGUCAGCAAUCUCACUGAAAGGGAGAGAUUCACCAUUCCUCACCAGGACCAACCUCUGGGAGUAGUUGAUACAGAACCACCUCUGUUUUUUACUUAAACAUUGAAUGUCUUAUGCAUGAUCAUAUUUCCAAUUUGUUGAAGGUGACGUGAACCAUAUAUUUGCAUUCAUAGCGCGUGGAGGUGCUCGCUUAGCUCUCCGCGUUGUUUGUCCUUUACGAGAUCUCCGUACAGCCCUACUACCAAUCUGUUGAAGGUGUCGAACCAUAUAUUUGCAUUCAUAGCUCGUGGAGGUGCUCACUCAGCUCUCCGCGCUGUACAUAUAUCUAUCCUCUACGAGGACAUGAAGUUCCUCCAUGAAGUUCUAACAAUUUGAUGAAGGUGACGAGAACCCAGUGUUUCUAUUCAUAGUGCGUAGAGCUGCUUGUUCAGCCCUAGCCGCUCGGUAUGUUUGUCCUCUACGAGAGGAGCUCCUUCAUGGAGUUCUAACAAAUCCAUGAAGGUGACGAGAACCAAGUGUUUGUAGUCAUAGUGCGUGGCAGCUGGAGGGCUGCACAAGCAACCUCCACGGAGCCGGAGGAGCUCCACAGAGGUUGCUAUUGAGUCGUGGGCAUGUUUUUUAGGUAUUAUUUAUUGUUCGUUUCCUAACAAAAGCCCAGCCGGGCCUCGGUUUUGAAAUGUGGCGCUAGCAUUACUUGAGAACCGUUUUACACUACAAGGCUACAUGUGUGUUUGUACGUGUUCGAUGUUGGAUCUGCUGUUAUUUGAAUGAGUUCAUGAUAGUAAAGGAUUGUGCGUCUGCCAUUGACGCCAAGUGUUUACAAAACUUUGGUUUGUUAGAAUGAUUGGCUUCUUCUCAAGAGUACUUGAUUGUAAAACAUAUUAUGUUGAUUACGACUUGCUACAAGCUAGCUACAAAGUCCUUCAUGUGUGAUUUACCCUAAUAUAUUGUUUUCUUUGAUGUAUGUAUUCGUCUAGACGUAUGUAAAUGAUAUUUACAUCAAACAAGUUACACACUCGUGUAUCAUGUUUUAAAAUGAAUGAUUGAAAAUGUUAGGAUUGCCCGCAAGUUGCGGGGCCGCAAGUCUAUAUUUUCAAUUUGUAAAUAAAAUUGUUUUUACUGA